AGCUGUUAUCACCACAACGUAUCGAUCAUUUUGAUCUCGUUGACUGGUGAUAGAUACAUUUGCUUACAUGAAGCAUUAUCUUGCGGUUAUGUUACUUAUUGCGUCGUUUAUCACGGAUCCUGUAUUAGAACUGUCUUUUAAUGUUUUUUGUCGGUAGUCGGUGUUUACCAAUGCUAACAUUUAACGUUAGCAUCGUACACAAACGAGAUUCGUUAAUUGUUUUCAUCACGGUUAGAUCUGUAUUUUUGUUGUCUUUGUUGAAUUCAAGAUCGGUUUUAACUAAUUCCCGUGUUAUUGGACCUGUUUCAUUGAAGGAAGUCCGACAAAAUGACGUCUCACUUCUCGUCAUGUUCCAUUCACUCUUACUUUCGUUUUUAGUUAUAGCUGAGGUCAGUUUCAUGUAUUUGCAGUCAGCAGAUUAGCGUUUUUCUUUUGCUUAAAAUGUUGCUUUGGCAUCUUCUUGGUCAUGUGUCCUAUUGUAUGUUAUUUCUUAAAAUAUAGGAUUUUUACUUUUACACCUUGCCUUGUGUGCUGUAUCACUGUCUGCUGACACCACGAACCAGCAGAUUCGCUGCAGUUUAGUUUCUUAAGAUCUGUAAAAGUCCUGCAGAGUAUGGGGUUCAGUCUGUGUAAGGAUGUCACUUAGGCUGUUCUUAUUCUUCUUGGUGAGAUCUCAGCAUUCAGGUCCAUCUAAGAUCAUUGUGGUAACUUCUGCAUGGAAAUAGUUAAGGUUUAAAGGUCUUCUCUGCUACAGACUAGACCUGAGCAGACAUGGAUCCUCUGGCAGUGGACGAUGACAUUUGCAUCCUCAAACACGAGACGGCGUACACAGCCGCUGGUGAGAGCCCUGUGUCGGUGUGUGCUGGCGAUGAAUCUGUCGCGUCUCACUUUGCCUUGGUGACGGCGUAUGAGGACAUCAAGAAGAGACUAAGGGACACAGAGCGAGAUAAUACUUUGCUGAGGAAAAGGGUUAAGCAGCUAGAGGACAAGCUCUUCAGACCAGAAGCGCCUCCAUCAGAGGGCCCCCACUACGUGAACAAGGCCUUCAGUGCCUACCGCGGCAUCUAUAUAGAGAAGGAGGACCUGCAGAUGGAGCUGAACAAGCUGAAAAAGGAAAAGAGUGAGAGUGAGAGGAUGCUGACGGAGCAGCUCCAGGCUAAAGAGUUGGAGCUGCUGCAGCUGAGGACAGAACUGGAGACCACCCAAGGUACAGUAAUGAAGAGCCUGAACAGCCCUCUGGACUCGUGGCAGAUGGAGAGGGCUAGCACCGAGCUGCAGAUCCGCAACUUACAGGACGAGCUCGAGAGGGUUACGCUCGAGAACAGUCGACUUCUGGAGACAAGCAAAGAGGAGUCUUGCAGCCUUAAUGGACCAGUGUUGGACCAGACGUCUGAUGCAAAGCACAGCGCAAGGGAUCAGAACAUCCAACAAAUAUAUAAGGCUUUGUGCUGCGAGGUGACUCGUCUCCAUUCAGAGCUGAAGCACCAGACGGACCUGAUUACGAAACUCAGACCGCUGAUCGGAGAAACGAGACCAGCUGCUUCAACCGUUCCAGUCCAGUGUUUGGAUGACGUGGAAAAAAACAACAACCUUCCAGUUGUUCGGGCACCAGUGCCCCGCCCCCCAACCGUCCCUUCCUGCUCUGGACGCCCCUGCCCCCCUGUUGGUGGCCUUUCGGGACUCCCUCUCCCUGACUCUCUGAGGGAGGACUGCUGGUAUAAUGGGCCCUGGCCCCCUCAGAGCUGUCUAGUGGAGGCCCUGGUUGGGAGUGACACCUGCUCCGUGGUUCUCCCCCCACCUCCUCUGAACCAGGCAUCUCUGGAUGACAGUUCGCGCUCCUUUCCCAGCCCCCCUAAGCCCAGUGACGCUAUGUUCUGGGAGGGACACGCUGCUGCGUCCAGUUCUUCAUCCUCACUAGGAAACUUCACUCCCAUGAGCCCCCCCAACACAGAGUGGACCAAACCGUAUUGAGGUCAACUGCAACGAGACAAAUGAUUAAGCAAUUGGUGGAAAACAAGUGAAUGAAAGACUGGAUGAACUGUGACUCUGCCACACGGUGACCACCUAACCUGCCUUAAGUUGAUGAAACCACACCUCAGUGGUUUUCUACACUGGACCUACUUUGCGUGGGAACUAAUCCAGGCCAGAUGAGGCCUUUUGGAGGUGAGGAAUCACUCAUUGACCAUCUCCGCAUCAGUGAAAAUAUCCCGACUUCGCAGAGGAAAAAGUUGCUGAGAAAACCUCAAAGAAUAAAUAUCUCCAAGUGUAUUCUUCUUUGCACGCACAUGCACAAGUGUGUGCAAGCAUGCAUACAAGCAGUCUGAUCUGUGUGUAUGUGCAAAUAUAUGCACAUCAAGGUGUGCCUGUGUGUCUACGUCAUAAUAACCCUAAUAAGGCUCAAAGGAGCCUCCUUUCCAUACAUACUGGUCACGGAUCACUAGAGCCACAACAUAGUAGGUUUUGUACAACUGGUCCUCCUCACUGCAGCUCUUAUUUUAAAAUGUUGGAUCACUGUAAAGCGUACAGGGUAUGUAGCCCCGUUUGUCUCCUGGUCACUGGUAUGAAGACACGGAUGGUGUGGCUGUUUUGUGCUGUGGUCGACUUGAAUGAGCUUUAUGAAAACAGACUUCUGGUCAAGAUUUAACAUUCAUUUUAAUUAAGCCUUUGGAUUUUUGUGGGAAGUGAAUCACUAAACCAACUCUGCCUCCUUAAAGCUGUCUUUUUCAGGGCCUUAUGGUGGUAGUUGAUUUCCUCAGACAUACUGUUGUCGGUUAUUAUUUUAACCAGAUAAUCAAGACUCACAAAAAUGCAAUCCAUGCUCUCCACUGUAUUCAUAAGGUUUAUGGAUGUUUAGAAAGUAGAUGUACCUAAUCCCAAAUGAUGCUAAGGUUCCAGUAACAGAAGAUGGAUGUUUUUUUGAUUUUACAGUCUUAAAAUGAUGUACAUGAGAAAUGACAAGAUUCACAGACCGUGCACAUCUGUAUAAAUGUAAAGGGUGGGCUUCAGUACUUUGCCAAAUGUGAUUAUGCACUCCAUUCUGUGUUUUGGUUUUCCUCCUUUGACACAGAGACCUCUGACGAGCAUAAAAGCGAUCUACGAUGGUGACUAGGGCAUGUGCGCCGUGGGUUCACAACGUUCUGUGGUUCUCUAAAGAUCGUUUUCUUUGGCUUUCUUCGUUAAUCUGAUUUUACAACUUUGAUCCUGUUUUUUUACAGCAGUGCUUUCAUAAUUCUGUAAAGGAUUUGCAAACCAAAAUGCAAUGUACAGUAGAUAAUGGAUUAUAUUUUAGAUUUACUGCACUUCAGACUGUUUGUAAAUAUGAUUAAAUAAAUGAAUGAAAACCA